AUGGCAACAACGGGCACGGCGGUGGCGCUCAUGCUCCAUCAGAUCAUGGAGUGGGCGUUCGUGCGGUACGGAUUCGGCAUCGGGCUCGUCGGCACGCCGGACCUGGACAUGUAUAAGGAAAAUUAUCGGACGAGUUCGCCGGGCGUGGGCAUCGUGCAGAUGGCCGGGAGGCUCUGGGCACUGGCGGACUUCGCCGCCUGCGGGGCUGGCGCGCCGGUGCCGCGGGACGUCCUCGUGCCCUUCCCGGCGAUUGCGGCUGUGCUGGCGGCGGCGCCUGGAGCUGCGGUGGCGCCCAAGGGGCGAUCCCAGACGGACUCCCAGGUCCCAGUGGUGGUCCUUGCCACGGGGGUCGCGCCGCACGGCUGGGGCUGGAGAUCGGUCGAGGACCUCACUGGGCUCCAGGCCUGGGGGGGCGCCUUUGGCGCGGGCGCGCCGAGCGGGCCCUCUCUGGCGGGCGUAGCGGCCCGGCGGCAGGUGGCGAUGCUGGCGACCGGCCAUUCGGUCUUCGUGGCGCUCGUCGCGGAUAGCGAGGUGUCUCAGCUGAGGAGGGAGUUCCGUGGCAGCGACGUGUGCAUCCUGUCGGUGGUGCGCUCCGCUGUGGGCAGGGAGCGGCCGUGGUCGUUUGUGGUCGCGGACCGCGCCGAGGAGCAGAUCUAUGACUUCGGAGUGAAGCCCCCACGGUCGGCAAAGUGGCGUGCGACCUGCCAGCAACGCGAUGGUGGGCCCGUGCUCCACUCAGAGGUGUGGAAGUCUAGUCGUCGCCUCCAGGACUCCGACUUCGGCGUGGGAGAGCUCGAGACUUCGAGCAGGAUCGUGGAGACCCUCGGCACCGUUGACCAGGUGGACUUCUACAACUUGGCAGGCGUGGAGGCGAACGCCAAGCUGCCUCUCGACGAGGUCCAGGCCCUCUUGGGCGGAGGACGCGCCCCAAGCAUAGUGCGUUCUGGGCUGCUCGACCAGGUCGCGAAGGAGCUGGAGCGGAGCACUGACAUCAAGAAAACCGCGAGGAAGCUUCGGGAGAAGCAGGCUGCCCAGGCCAGGAACGGUGGCAAGUCACAUCCUUCCCCCUUCGGCAAGGGCAUGCCCACGUCUCUUACCGACCCGUUCGACGGGAACGAUCCCUGGGCUGCAGGUCGAGGCAAGCGGUGGGGUGAUGAACAUGAACACCAGCCCGCAGCCAAGACUAGCGAGAUCACGGAGUCAGAAGGCGACGACAUGUCUGGAACCGCCACCCCAACUGGACUUGGGCCGCCAGGUCUCAUGCUCGACACGUACGGAGCCCUGGUCGAGGCCGACCUCCAGACCGACAGCAGCGACAGCCCGCACGUGAGCCAGCCUGGAGCAGGUGCUGCCCCGCGCUGCUUGCACUUCAUGUUCGUUGUCAUCUACCACGGCCGAUGGACCAGCUUCCAAGCCGCCUCCGCCCGUCGCUGGCAGUUCGAGUCGGGCUGCUCACGGUGGGCAAGCCAGGGCCACUCCAGGAACCUCGCGGGCUCCGUCCACAUGGGCACCGGGCGGUCCCGCGCCGAGGAGAGCCAGAGGCAGCUGCGCGUGCUGACCGAGGCCGGGCAGCAGAGCCAGCUCGCGUCCGACCGCUUGCGCGCGCAGGUGGAGGCGCUGCAGGCCUCGAGGGGCGCAGCGGAGCACGCGGAGGAGGUGCGGCAGCAGGCGGUAGACGUGCUCGAGGGCCAGGUGCACCUGCUCCAGAGGGAGAACGGUCGGCUGCUGUCGGAGGUGGAGAGCCUCCGCGGCCGCGAGGCGACCCAAGAUGAGAGCGGGCGGCGGGCGUGGCAGCUGGAGCGGCAGAGCCUGCAGGAGGAGAUCGACAGGCUGAAGCGGCAACGGGUGGAUGAUGACAUCGCCCGCCGGCAGGUUCAAGAAGAGUGGAACGGGUUGCGGGAAAAGUUGCGGCGCGAUGAGGACGAGCGCGCGCAGGUCCGGAGCUCCUUCGAGCUCAGGGCGUCAUUCGAUCCGUCUCUCCGCGAGCUUCAGGACCUGGAGGCCGUGCUGAUGGAGCAGGAGGAGGACGCGCUCGGCGUCCAAGCGGCUCUGUCACAGCCGCGGCGGCGCGGCCCGGAGACGGCGGCGCGGGCCAGGCUGGCCGAGGAGACCAGGCGGCUGCGGCACCGCAUCGGCGAGUUCGCGGCGAGACAGUACUCGCCAGGCCUCUCCUCGCUUGGCGACGUGCCUGGCGACUGGGCAGGUGGCCUCGAGCUCGGCGGCUUCGCCGACCUCGUCGAUCUGCCAGGUCUCGCCGAGCUCCCCACGGCCCCCAGCGCGGCAGGCAGCCGCCAGCAGCAGGGCAGCGCGCCCGCUCACGCCCCCUCGCUAUCUAGCUGGAGGUCGCCAGCGGGCGUGCAGCCGCAGAGGGCGCAGCCAGCGCCGCUGCUAGUGGGGCCGCCAGCCACCCCCUCCGCUAGCCCGCCAGCCCAUGUCAUGUCCAUGCCAGCCCAGCGCCCUGGCGUGCUGGCGGACGACUCAGCGAAGGGCGCUGGAGCGCAGCACGACGCAUGCGUCCGCGGGGCCUCAAAAGCAGUGGGCUCGGCCGAGCGCCCCUUGAGAUUUGAUGGAGUGCUCGCGGAAAAUUCGGAUGAGAGCAGCCGUGGGCGUGGCUUGCUGUGCGUUCGCGGCGGCGACGCUGCCCCAGCGCAGCCAGCGCCGUUGCCGAAGGAGCCGCCAGCCGCCCCCUCCGCCCGCCCGUCAGCCCAAGCCCCGCCCGCGCGCCCCGAUGACGAGGUGCUCGAGGACGACUCCGCAGAGAGAGCCGAAGGGCAGCCUGGCGCAUGCGUCCGCGGCGGCGCCGCACAGGCGGCGGGCGCGGCCGAUCGCCCCUUGAGACCCGACGGCGCGAUCGUGGAAGUUUUCGAAGGGAGGAGCAGAGAGCGCGACUUGUUUGGCGCUCUCGACGGCUACAUUGACCCUGCGGCGGGAGAAGUCGAUCGUCCUUUCGAAGGCAUGCUCGCUGAAGACUGUGGAAAGAACGCCAGAGAGCAACAGCCAGCCGCCAGCCCUGCCGACUCCCGCGCUGGCUGCCCCACCCCAGCGACAGGCGCAGCCGAGCGCCCGCUCACUUGCACACUCACGGAGGUCUCUGUGGAGAGCGUCGGAGAGCAACAGCCAGGCGCCAGCCUUGCGGGCGCCCGCUGCGGCGCUGCCACAUUGGCAGUGGGCGCAGCCGAGCGACCCUUCGACGGCACGCUCGAGGAGCACCCGCCAGGCGCCAGCCCAGCGAGUACCCGCAGCGGCGCCGCCGCAGCGGCGGGCGCGGCUGGGCCAGCCAGGCACCAGAUAGCCGACUUGUUCGCAGAAGACGCCGUGGAAUGCAGUCAGGAGCACCAGCCAGGCGCCAGCUCAGCGAGCGCACGGGAUGACGGCAGCGCUGCAGCGGCGAGCGCGGCCGGGCGCCAGGUCGAUGACUUGUUGGUGGAAGGCUCCGUGGAGAGCGUCGGAGAGCGACAGUUGGGCGCCAGUCCGGGGAGCUCUCGCGAUGACGGUGUUGCACUGGCGGCCGGGCGCCAGAUCGAGGACGUGUUUGCGGACCAGCCCUCCGAACAUGCCGACCCGCAGCCUGCCGCUGAUUUUGUGGGGGCCUCCGCCUCGCCGUUGGCCUCCGCGAAGGGUGCCGCCUCCUCGUGCGGCCCAGCAGCGAGCCCGCGUCCUCCCGCUGGCGGCGCCGGGCCCGCGUUUGGGACCAGCGGGGGCGGAGUUGCGGAGCUCGCGCGGCAGCGGCCCCUGCAGGAUAUGUUCGGGGACGAUUCCGACGGUGACGACGCCGCAGCUGCAGCCCUGGCGACGGCGUCUGCGGCGCUGUCCCAGGCGCCUGGCAGACAACCGACGCCCAAGGGCGACGUUGCGGCUGGAUUCCUAGGGGAGAUCCACAAACAUCAGGACAGCCCCUCCCCGCGCGCCAAGCGGGCAGCGGCGCUGGCGGGCGAGGGCACGUCGACCCCGCUCGGGCCGAGGCCUGUGUCGGACAUGUUCGCAGACGACUCGUCCAGCCACCACUCUGCAGCAGCUCCUGGCCUUCAGGAGGUGGGCCCUGGCAGCGGCCAUGCCGCAGACAGCGCAGGCCAGCGGCCUGGCAGUCCACGGUCUGCCGGGAGCAGGCCCAACGCUCGGGACUCUCACGAGGAGUCCUCUUCUGGCAGCCUCCCGUCGCUGCCCAUGGGCGCGGCGCCAGCCCGCGGGGAUCCUGGCUCCUCCGGCUCCGUGCGCAUCGGGGCCAAUGCCAGCAGCGCUGGCUCUGGCACGUCUGGGGCCUCUGGUUCUCGGCACGCCUCACCGCUCCGGAGCGCAGGCGCCAGCAGCGGCAGCAAAGGCCGCGGUGGCACCGAGAGCUCCCCCGCCCUCUCUAUCCCAGACUUGGGCGUGGAGAGCUGCCAGGGCGAGCGCAGGCCAUCUUCGGGAGAGUCCCUGGGCAACCAGCGCGCGGCCUGCGUCGACGCUGUCUCGCCGCGCGGCUCGUCGCGCGGCUCGCCGGCACCUGCGAGCGGGUCCGGGGCGGGGUCCGGGCAGGUGGCCUCGCCGCCCCGCAGCGGAUCUGGCUCCCGCAGCUCUGGCCCGCCCGCCGCCCCGGCAGGCGGCAGUGCUGGCUGGGCGCGCAGCCCUCCCAGUGCCGGUGACGCGCGCAGCCCGCGCAGUCCAGGGGCCGCCAGCGCGGCCUCUGGGUCGCGCACAGCUGCAGCUACAGGGCCUGGCGCCUCUGCCAGGAGCGCCACCAGCGGGGUCAGCGGCGGGCUGGGGGAGCAGCUGCAGCGGAAGGUGGAGCAGAAGCGGGCGGAGGCGGCGGCGCGGGCGGCGGCGGCGGCGCAGCAGGCGCCAGCCGCCCAGGAGGACGCGGAGGACGACGACUUCGAGCUCUCGGGACACGAGAGCUUCCCCGAGUCUUCCAGGGGUAGCUGGUGAGCGCGGUUGCAACAGGGGUCAGCAGCCGCGCUCCUUGAGCGCAGCCCGCGACCGCGGACGCCAAGGGGCUGUGGCCGAGCGUGCGUGGCGCAUCCCUGUCCGCGCGGGCGCUGGCCAGCGCGUCGUGGUACAGAGGCGCUGGCCCAGCAACACAAAAGAGCGCGUAUCCCUCUCAUCUCUCUGGCCCGUGAUGGCGUCGGAGAGGGCGCUAUUUUUGUUCAAGGCUUUCGGCCACUGACGUUGGCCACCCUGCCCCAGGCAUUGGGGGCUCCUUUGUCGACUUCGUCUUCGUCCUCGUCCUGCUUCUGCUUCUACUGCUGCUCUGGGGGCCAUCGGCGCAUUCUUGAGGCACUUUGUCAGCCUUUCUGCCUUCCCGGGGGAAGUCCA